UUCCGUUGAAAGAAAAAAAAAACGCCUUCCUUAUUCCGGCUUGUCCGCCGCCCAACUGCUCCACCACUCUUCACUGCGGCAACCGCUACCGCCACCGUCUCCGCCGACCGCCGUUAUGGCGAGGCCUCCACGCCACACCCUGAGCAGAUCCUCCGCCGCGCACUCUUGCCGGCUACCGAAACACGCGCUCCUGAGAGCCGGUGCGGCGUUUUUCCUCGCCACCCUUGUCGCGCUGCCCUUGGCCGUGCUGCACCGUGCCGCCCUCUCGCGGCACUCGCUGGAGCACCCCUGGGGUUGGGACGCGCUGCCCUCGGUCGCCACACAAGAGGAGGAGGGCGCCCAAGGCGAAGAUCUGGACAGUGAGGAUCUCAAACUUGAUCGAGUUUUGAGGAAGGCUUCAAUGGGAGACAAUACUGUUAUAUUGACUACACUUAAUGCUGCAUGGGCUUCUCCUGGCUCAGUGAUAGACCUAUUCAUUGAUAGUUUUCGCUGUGGUGUCAGAACAAGUUCACUCUUGAACCAUCUAGUCAUUAUAACAUUUGAUUCUGAUGCAUACAAACAAUGUGUCAAGAUCCACCACUAUUGCUACUUUCUUGGAACUGAGGGUGUGGAUUUUUCUGGAGAGAAGAGGUUUCUGACUUCUGGGUAUCUGGACAUGAUGUGGAAAAGGCUAGAUUUCUUGCGGCUGGUUCUUGAAAAAGGUUACAGCUUCAUAUUCUCGGAUGCAGACAUAAUGUGGUUUCGCAAUCCAUUUCCUCACUUCUAUCCUAAUGGUGACCUUCAGAUUGCUUGCGAUCACUAUGUUGGGAACGCAACAGACCUGAGAAACAUUGCUAAUGGAGGCUUCAAUUAUGUGAAAUCGAAUGAACGUACCAUAGAGUUUUACAGUUUCUGGUACUCAUCACGAUUGAGAUAUCCUGGCUACCAUGAUCAGGAUGUAUUCAAUGCUAUAAAGCAUGAUCCCUAUGUUGCAGACAUUGGGCUGGAAAUCAAGUUUCUAAGUACUGCAUACUUUGGUGGAUUUUGUGAACCAAGCAGAGAUUUAAACAAGGUCUGCACUAUGCAUGCUAACUGUUGCAUCGGUUUGCGGAGCAAGAUUCAUGAUCUAAGGAUCAUGAUGGAAGAUUGGAGGAGCUAUUUGUCAUUGCCUCCAAGCUUGAAAAGACUGACACCAUCCUCCUGGAGGGUGCCUCAAAAUUGCAGCCUAUCUUCACAAAACCAAUAAGACAUAUGCUUAUGGACUACAAAAGGAAAAUAGAAGAGUGGGUCAUGCUUAAGGUGUUCUCCACAUUUUCCGCAAAAAAAUAACUGGGUCAAUCUACUAACUUCGUUAGUGUUCCCCUCCCUCUUUAACCAAGUUCAGUUUAGUGUAAAUGACUUCUUCAGAUUUAGCGUGCUAAGUAGAAUUUGAUGUCGCGUUAAAUCGGAUAUGUACUGACCUCUGUAUAGAUGCAAUGGGACUUCAAGCACGUUUGUUUAAAAAAUAUAAUGAGCACGCCUGCUGCAAUGAGGCUAGACAGAUCACGUUUAUGCUUCUGUGUGUCGUCACCAGUUAUGUUAGACUGGAAAGAUGUAUGUAUGAACUAAUAGAUAGGGUAGAAGUAGAAAUUAUCAUUUCUUUUUCGAAAUCAGAAUUAUUAAAAGAAGUCUAUGGACUCAUAUCGAUUCUGCCCA